AUGUUCUUUACCCUGCUCAGGGAAGAUUAGCCUCUAGAUGGAUGUGUCUGAGGGAUCACCUCAGGGGCAGAUCUGCAUGCAGAAACCGGUUUUUGCCAUGACUGGAGGAGAGCUAUGACCUAACAGAGCACUCUAUCCCAGCGGCUGCCCGAGCAUCGCAGGAGCUGCUGAGCGAUCCUGCACAGGAAGCUUUGUGAAGGCAACAGCUUGGAAGGGGAAGCUCUUCAGAUCUUUCCCCCUUCUUCUCCUCCUCCCUGGCCAGUGAGUGAUUCGGUGUCCCAAACCUUAACUUUUCGUUACCACCUUCCUAUCUUAAUCUCCUUCAUCUUCAACACCUCCUCCUCUAUCACUACCAUCUUCUCCUCCAUCUGUCUGCCUCCUGGAUCUCUCUCUUGUUUGCUUGCUUUUCCCCCUCCUCUUCCACCUCCCUCCCUCUUUCUUCUUGCCUUUUCCUCCUUUCUUUUCUUCUCUUUUCUUUCUCUUUUUCCUCCUCUUCCCCUACACGUUGUUGUUGUUGUUAGAAAGGAUUCUUGCACCCCCUGGUGCUCUUGCGUUUUGUGUGGUAGGAAAGGAGAUUGUCUUCUUUCUCUCUCUCCCUCUGGUUGCUCAUUAUUCAGAGAGAGACACAGAGGGUGAGUGAGAGAGAGAGAGAGAGAGACGGAUAUCUCAGGUCAUCUGCAGCUGCAGCAAACCAGUGAAGGAGAGAGAGAGAGGGAGAGGGAGAGAGGGAGAGGGGGGGAAAAGCAGGGAAAGAUGGCGAUCCUCCAUUGCUGAGACCUGGCAAGGAGCACAUGAGACUCACAAAACAACUUCCACAACAAUAACAAGAAGAAGAGCUAGGCAGAGAGGAAGAGGAGAGGAGGCAGCAGCAAGAGCAGCAGCGCCGGGACGCUCCCGAUUUUCUAAUGUAAAAGAUCAUCCGUGAACCAUGGAGGUGCUGCAGUGUGAUGGCUGUGAUUUUCGAGCUCCAUCUUACGAAGACCUCAAAGCUCACAUUCAGGAUGUUCACACUGCCUUUCUGCAGCCAACUGAUGUCUCUGAGGAAAGUCCUAACCAGCCAAGAUCUGGUUCCAUGAAUGCUAGCAACCAGACUGAAGUUGAAUUUUCUUCUGUAAAGGAUGAAUUUGCAAUCGCAGAUGAACUAGCAGGGCAAAAUGCAGCAAGUCAGAUGGGGACUGGAAGUUACUAUAGCCAGAGCCAGACUUACUAUGGUCAGCACGUGGCUCCAAAUCCUAAACCAACCAACAAGUUUUUCCAGUGCAAGUUCUGUGUGCGUUACUUCCGUUCCAAAAAUCUCCUCAUAGAGCACACACGCAAGGUUCAUGGAGCACAGGCUGGGGGGAGCUCAGUGGGCCCACCAACGGCUAGUUCCCUAAAUUACAGCAUCAUGAUGCAUGAGGGGUUUGGCAAAGUUUUCAGUUGCCAGUUCUGUACCUACAAGUCACCCAGGCGCGCGAGGAUUAUUAAACACCAGAAAAUGUAUCACAAAAACAACCUGAAAGAGGCUUCAACUCCUCCUGCUGCUGCCGCUGCUGUGUCUGAAUCAACAUCUGCUUCUGUGCCAGUGCAGGAACCCUGCAAGGAGCUGCCUGCAGAAGUGGUGGAGCGGAGCAUUUUGGAAUCCAUGGUUAAGCCCCUGACAAAGUCUAGGGGCAACUUUUGCUGUGAAUGGUGCAGCUACCAGACACCUCGAAGGGAGCGCUGGUGUGACCACAUGAUGAAGAAGCACCGUAGCAUGGUAAAAAUACUAUCAAGCCUGAGGCAGCAACAAGAUGGAACCAGUGCAUCUGACGUACAGAGUAAGAGUGCCCAGAAUGCCUCCCCAAACUCUAAUUAUAUGUCCAUGAAUACAACAGGACGUGAGAUGUCGAAUGCUAAUGUCUCAAACUUCAGGAGCUCUAUGGGCAAUUCCCUUAUCAGGCCCAACUCUUCUACAUCUUCUAAGUUUUCUUCUGUGUCUUACCCUCAAAUGAAGCCUAAGUCACCUCACAACUCGGGCAUGGUUAAUUUAUCUGACAGAUCCCGCUAUGGAAUUGCUGAUAUGACAAAUUCUUCUGCUGACCUGGAAACAAGCAGUAUGCUGAAUGACUCCAGCUCAGAUGAAGAACUAAAUGAAAUGGACAGCGAGAAUGGCUUGAACUCUAUGGAUCACCAGACCUCAGGAAUGUCUGCAGAGCAGCUGAUGGGAUCUGAUGGCAAUAAACUAUUGGAAACAAAGGGAAUUCCCUUUAGAAGGUAUAUGAACAGGUUCCAGUGUCCUUUUUGCCCUUUCCUGACGAUGCACCGCCGCAGCAUAUCCCGUCACAUUGAGAAUAUUCACCUGUCUGGUAAGACAGCUGUGUACAAGUGUGAUGAAUGCCCUUUCACCUGCAAGAGUUCAUUAAAGCUUGGUGCCCACAAGCAGUGUCACACAGGAACAACAUCAGACUGGGACACUAUGAACUCUCAGACUGAAAGCAUCGCCUCUUCUUUGAACGACAGCACAGUGUCUUACGAGAGUGGAAAUAUAAAUGGCAGGAAGUCAGCCGGGAUGAUGGAACCGGUGCAGCCACAGCAGCAACAGCAACAACAGCAAUCACCCCAGCCCCAUUCACAGCAUCCAUACAAGUGCACAAUGUGCAACUAUUCCACCACGACUUUGAAGGGCCUCAGAGUUCAUCAGCAGCACAAGCAUUCAUUCUGUGACAACUUGCCAAAAUAUGACGGGCCGCCAUCAAACACACCACAAGAAAGUGAGGCAGAUGCUCACCCCUCUGCCAGCACAGUGAAGAAAAGCCAGACCUCCAUCCUUGGUCUCUCAUCUAAAAAUAACUUUGUGGCGAAAGCCCCGCGGAAGGUGUCAAAUGACUUCCCUUUAGAUCUCUCACCAGUGAAAAAGAGAACUAGAAUCGAUGAAAUAGCGAGCAACCUGCAGAGCAAAAUCAGCCAAAACAAACAGCAAGAAGAUGCUGUGAUUAAUGUAGAGGAUGAUGAGGAGGAGGAGGAGGACAAUGAGGUGGAGAUAGAAGUGGAGUUAGACAGAGAAGAAGAACAAACAGAACCAAUGGUAGAUGUUUCCAGUACUUAUGCACCCCAACAAAUGUGGGGCAGAGAGGCUAAUGAUUCCCAGAAGGAAACAAACUUUAGAACCAUGCAGCAUGACUACAAUUCCACCAAUGGAGCGGAGAUUGAGCUCACUUUAUCUGAAGAUGAGGAAGACUAUUACUCUUCUGUCAGCAUGAAGGACCAUCAGAGCCCUAAUGCCUCUGUUCUGGGGAGCCAGUCAAACAUAUAUGGUACUGAUCAGAACAAUGAGAAUUCGGAGUUUAAUGACUCUGGCAGACUUUACUACUGUAAACACUGUGAUUUCAGCAACAAAUCUGCCAGAAGUGUUAGCACCCACUACCAGCGAAUGCAUCCUUAUAUUAAGUUCAGCUUUAGGUAUAUCCUGGAUCCCAAUGAUCACAGCGCAGUGUACCGGUGUCUUGAGUGCUACAUUGACUACACAAAUUUUGAAGAUCUGCAGCAGCAUUAUGGAGAGCAUCAUCCUGAAGCUAUGAAUGUACUGAACUUUGAUCAUUCUGAUCUGAUCUACCGGUGCCGCUUCUGCUCUUAUACAAGCCCCAAUGUUAGAAGCCUGAUGCCACAUUACCAAAGAAUGCAUCCCACAGUGAAAAUUAACAAUGCAAUGAUAUUUUCAAGCUAUGUUGUUGAGCAGCAAGAGGGGCUGAACACAGAGUCUCAGACACUGAGGGAGAUCUUGAAUUCUGCUCCAAAAACUAUGGCAACUUCCACCCCCGUGGCUCGCGGGGCUGGUGUGCCAGCUGGUUUUAACAAAAGUGCCGCCAAGAGUUUUAGUCCUGAAUGUGAAAACCAGAAGGAACUUUCAGUCAAUAGUGUGGUUGUUUAUGACUGUGACGUGUGUUCAUUUGCAAGCCCUAACAUGCAUUCAGUUCUGGUGCAUUACCAGAAAAAGCACCCUGAAGAAAAAGCAUCAUAUUUCAGAAUUCAGAAGACUAUGCGUGUAGUCUCUGUUGAGAGGGGCUCUGCCCUGGCUCAGAUGUCUUUUGAGUUGGGAGCACCCAUUUCCCCAAAAUUGUCCAACUUGGGUUCUCCACCACCACCACCAGACCUCUCUACUGAACUCUACUAUUGCAAACACUGUUCAUACAGCAACCGUUCAGUUGUAGGGGUUCUUGUCCACUACCAGAAAAGGCACCCAGAGAUAAAGGUCACUGCCAAAUAUAUCAGACAGGCACCCCCCACUGCAGCCAUGUUGAGGGCUGGUGAAUUGCCACCUGGUAUUCAGAGGCCACCAAUGUCAAUGCAGCAGUUGAGCCGGGGUGGAACUGAGACCUCUGUGAAUCCUCCUGAGAAUGAAAUGUUCUUCUGCCAACACUGUGAUUACGGAAAUCGGACAGUGAAAGGCGUGCUCAUUCAUUACCAAAAGAAGCACCGUGAUUUCAAAGCUAACGCAGACGUGAUUAGGCAGCAUACAGCCACCAUAAGAAGCCUUUGUGAUCGCAGCCAGAAGAAAUCACCUGGCAGUGUGCCUGCUCACACCUCCAGCACUGAACGGGACAAGUCAAAGCUGAGAGCCCUCAAAUGCAGGCAGUGUAGCUACACAACACCUUACUUCUAUGCACUGAGGAAGCAUAUUAAGAAAGACCACCCGACUCUGAAGGCCACAGUCACAUCCAUUCUGAGAUGGGCAUUUUUGGAUGGCUUGAUAGAAGCUGGUUAUCACUGUGAAUGGUGCAUUUAUUCACACACAGAGCCAAGUGGUUUACUUGUGCAUUACCAAAGGAGACAUCCUGAGCAUUAUGUUGAUUAUACAUAUAUGGCAACUAAACUCUGGGCAGGUCCUGAUCCUUCCCCUCCUGCUCUAGUGAUGCCAACAGAGAUAAAGACUUAUAAAUGCAGAGACUGCAUUUUUGAAGCAUCUUCCAUUUGGGAUAUUACUAAUCACUAUCAAGCAUUUCACCCUUGGGCCAUGAAUGGAGAUGAAUCUGUGUUGUUGGAUAUCAUUAAGGAGAAAGAUGCUGCUGAGAAAUGCAUCCCACAGCUUGACGAAGGUGGGGUCAGGAUGGAUGCUGAAGACCAGAUAACAGCAUCACAAAUGGAUCAGGAUGCAGAGUGUGCAGAGGAUCCCAGCCUUUCCCAGGAAAAAACUGUCCAGCUGGCUUCUGCAAACCCUGCCAUCUCCUCCACUCCAUAUCAGUGUACAGUUUGCCAGUCUGAGUACAACAACUUGCAUGGCCUCCUGACACAUUACGGCAAAAAGCAUCCUGGCAUGAAAGUGAAAGCUGCAGACUUUGCUCAGGAUAUAGACAUUAACCCAGGGGCUGUAUAUAAAUGCAGACAUUGCCCAUACAUCAAUACACGUAUUCAUGGCGUUCUCACACACUACCAGAAACGACAUCCAUCAAUAAAGGUCACUGCUGAAGACUUCGUGCAUGAUGUGGAGCAGUCAACUGAUAUUGCUCAGAAUGAUGUGGAAGAGACAAGUAGGAUUUUCAAGCAAGGCUAUGGUGCUUAUCGGUGCAAACUCUGCCCUUACACCCAUGGAACACUUGAGAAGCUGAAAAUUCACUAUGAGAAAUACCACAAUCAGCCUGAGUUUGAUGUUUUUGCCCAGUCACCACCAAAGGUAUCUGCCUCAGUGGAGCCAGACCUGGUGACUGAAAUCAAGGCCUCGCCAGAAAUUGCUGCUGAGGAUCUUGGAGAAGUAUCUAUGUCAGGACCUCAUUUCUCCAGUUCUCAUUUGGUGUCUCACACAGUUUUUCGGUGUCAGCUCUGCAAAUACUUCUGUUCUACCAGAAAGGGGAUAGCUAGGCACUACCGCAUUAAACACAACAAUGUCCGGGCACAGCCAGAGGGCAAAAACAACCUCUUCAAAUGUGCCUUAUGUUCGUACACCAACCCUAUCCGCAAAGGGCUUGCAGCACACUACCAGAAAAGACAUGACAUUGAUGCUUACUACACUCACUGCUUAGCAGCCUCCAGGACAGUUAGUGACAAGCCCAAUAAAGUGAUCAUUCCAUCUCCUCCCAAGGAUGACACUCCUCAGUUAAGUGAGGAGCUGAGGAGGGCUGUAGAGAAGAAGAAAUGCUCACUUUGUUCCUUCCAGUCCUUCAGCAAAAAAGGUAUUGUGUCCCACUACAUGAAGCGGCACCCUGGUGUCUUCCCUAAGAAGCAGCAUGCGAGCAAGCUGGGGGGUUACUUCACUGCUGUCUAUGCUGAUGAACAUGAAAAGCCAACCCCAAUUGAGGAGAGGAGUGACUUUGAAAAGCCUGAGGUGGAGGCUGAGGCUCAGGAAAUUGAGUGGCUUCCCUUCAGGUGCAUAAAAUGUUUCAAGCUGUCCUUCAGCACAGCGGAGUUGCUGUGCAUGCAUUACACCGACCACCACAGCAAGGAUUUGAAGAGGGACUUUACCAUACUGGGAAGUGGCACACGGUCCCAGAACCCUGUCUACCAGUGCAAGCACUGUGAUAUGAAGUUGCAUAGUACGGCAGAGCUGACCGCACACUUGAAUGGUCACAACGAGGAAUUCCAGAAGCGUGCCAAACGUCAGGAGAGGAGGAAGCAGCUUUUGAGCAAACAGAAAUAUGCAGAUGGUGCUUUUGCAGAUUUCAAACAAGAAAGGGCUUUUGGACACUUGGAAGAGGUUUCAAAACUUAAGGAGAGGAAGGUGGUUGGCUACAAAUGCAAAUUCUGUGUGGAAGUCCAUCCAACACUUCGAGCUAUCUGUAAUCACCUCCGCAAGCAUGUCCAGUAUGGGAAUGUCUCUUCUGUGUCAGCUACGGUAAAGCAGGAAGCUGAAGAUUCUUCAAACACAACUUUGAUGGAGGGUUUUGAGGGAGCCAAAGACCCUGGCAUUAUGGAAUUUACAGAAGCUGAAUUUGGAGCAUCCUUGGAAGAUGAAACCAGGCCUGGGGGCUACCACUGCAGCCAGUGUGACCGGGUUUUGAUGUCUAUGCAGGGUCUUCGAUCUCACGAGAGGAGUCACUUGGCUCUGGCCAUGUUUACCCGGGAAGACAAGUACAGCUGCCAGUAUUGCUCCUUUGUCUCUGCUUUCAGGCACAAUCUGGAUCGUCAUAUGCAGACCCAUCACGGACACCAUAAGCCGUUCCGUUGCAAAUUGUGCCCAUUCAAGUCGUCUUACAAUAGCCGCCUGAAAACACAUAUACUCAAGGCUCAUGCUGACUCUUCGUACUCUGAGCCUCCUGAUGUUCAGCAGCAGUUGAACCACUACCAGUCUGCAGCUUUGGCCAGGAACAACAACAACAUCAGCCCAAUCCCACUUUCUGGAAGUGCUGCAGGAUUGGACAAAACAGAAGCCAUCCUUAACUGUGAAUUUUGUGAAUUCUCCUCGGGUUAUAUACAGAGCAUUCGGCGUCACUACCGUGACAAGCAUGGAGGGAAAAAACUCUUCAAGUGCAAAGAUUGUUCCUUUUAUACAGGCUUUAAAUCUGCUUUUACUAUGCACGUGGAAGCUGGGCAUUCAGCAGUUCCUGAGGAAGGACCCAAAGACCUUCGCUGUCCUCUUUGCCUAUAUCACACCAAAUACAAACGCAACAUGAUUGACCAUAUAGUACUGCACAGAGGUAACAAUAUCUGCGUAUGUGUCUGUAUCUGAUUAGUGGACUGCUGAACAGCACCUUUGUCUUUCAGACUGGUUUAAUUAAAUUUUCGUCUCUCUGUACACAAGGACAAAUAUGUUGAAUAAGUCAUCAGCCCUUGAGUAUCUUUUGUUUAAUUUCUAAAUGAUGCAUCUUAUUUAUUUACCGUAAAAUUCGGAGUUAGCCAUUGCUGAAACAGUGCAGCUUGAAAAUGGUUUUUAAGCUUUUUGUCUAGAGAAGUCAUCAAACACCUGUUUAGCAAAAGUUGCCCAAAGCUGCAGCUCUGAAUUAGUGCAGAGUUGUUUCCUGCUUAUGUACUUGUUACCAUAAAGGCCUUGCUAUCAUAAACUCUGUGACAAUAUAUAUCACUAAACGUGGAGGCCCCAAAAUAUCCCUUAAUUACUUGCUUGAAUUUUUUCUCUUUAGUAUUCUUAGGAUCAAAGCAAGAAUUAAAAUAUUUUUGUUUUUCUUUAAGACACCUUUUCUAUCUUUACCUUUCCUGUCUUGAUUUUAAAGACAGCUAGAAGUAGGAUUAGGAAUUUCUAUGUUCUAUUAACUGCAGGCUUGCUAGCUCAGAAGAGACAGCUGUUUGGUCUCUCUGGGCUGGGAUUCCUGCCCAUAGCUAUCACACUUGAUGCUUGUAGAUGGUCUGUUGGCUGCCGAAAUCCAAACCCAUGUGUUGGGAUGGCACUCUGCCUGCUCGCAGGUUGGGCAGAGUUUCACAGUAGGGUAUUGGUGGUGAGCAAACACAAGUUUUGCAUGCCAUCUUUUUCCUGGAGGAGAUCCUGGUGUGAUGAGCACUAUCAUAAUUCCGUGUAACAUACCACUUUCCAGUGUUGGUAGCUUAAAGUCCUUCAUGUACUAAAGCAGUGAGGUUGGCAGAGAUCAUCUAAGUUUCUAUCUGCUCGCAGGGCUAUUCUGAGGGAACAUCUGGGAAAAAUGACCUGUCAGUGAUUCAGAAAGCACAUUACAAAGCUGCCUUAUUUGGUUAUAAGAGUUUGGCAGAUGCUUUAGCUUUUGCUUCCUGUCUUUGAAGAUUUUGCUGUGUCAAUUUUGCCCAGCUUCAGACUAAUACUCCAGAAUUAGCUCACUUCAGAGGAGUGGAGGAUUUAGUUAACCCCUGCACAGGGGACCAUGCAAUUCCAAGUGCUGCCGAGGUGUGCUCUGUUUUGCGGCUGUGCCAGGGCUCCUGUGGAAACCGACAGACCUUUAAAAUACGUAUAGACAGGCUGAGGGAGAACUGGAUGAGCCUAGUAUGGGUCUUUUCCAUCAUGCCUAGAAUUGACUCUGGAAAUGUCCAGUUGCAGAAGUGAAAGACCACUUCAUGAGCUCAGGCAACUGUACUGCCUGUACCGAGAUGUUUCUGGCCAAUUUCAAGGAGGUGCUUGCCUCCUGGGUAAGUGGAACUGUGGAUCUGUUCUUUUGUAGAGCUGUUGCUUCAGUUGCACAAACCAAAUCUCAAGCCUUUGUACUGCUGAAACAAAGCUGAUAGCAAAGGACAUAAUGGAGAGGUAAAACAGAGUAAAAGAGGUUUUAAUGUAAAGCUGAUAAUCUCAAAGGUAACUGCGGGAAGGACAACGAUUUUCUCUGGCAUCAAGCUUCCAGGUAAUAAAAGAAAUAGGGUCCAUCCUCAAAGUCCUUUCUAGUGCAUAUAUCCAGCUAAAAACCACUCUACCAUUGUGUUUAAGUAUGUGACAGCUGAAGCAGACAAUUUUGGCAAGAUUUAACUUACACUGAAAGAAACACUGUGGGAUGGUGAAUGUAGUCUGAGAUAGCCUGCCUUUUUUUAUAGCCAUUACAUUGGUAAAAGAAGGGCAGAGCCCUGAGCUGUGGUCCAGAACAUUAGUUUUGACAUAGAUGGAGUGAUGCAGUGUGUAAAAAUAGAGUGAAGGAUUUGAUCCAUUCAUAGUUAAUGUUCCUCCUAUGUAAAAAGACACGUUUACAGGUAUGUGGCUCUUACAUAACUUCCAAGUUGUUGCCCCUAACCCUUGGAGAAUCAUCGUGUGCUUGAAAUGGAGAGUAUAUAUUUCCCUCUUAAUAAGUGGCUACAGAAGCCACCUUCAGGUUAGAAUUUUUGGUUAUGUUUACUUUGCUUUUCUUGUCUUGUGCUGCCUUUGGUUUGGGGAGUGUUGGUGUGAGUGUGAGAUAAUAGGUUUUGGUAAUCUGAAUUAAGGAAUGUUGCAUUACUCCAUACUGGUAGAUAAAAAGGUUUGUACUGUCUCAUGUUUUAGGCUUUUUAAUCAGUGCCAGGUGCUAGAGAAAAUGUGAAUUUUCAAAUAUAUUAAUUAGUAUUUCUCUUUUUGAAAACUUCACUUCUGAAGCCAGCUGUGUCACUUAUUUCAGUGAGUUCAAAAGCACACAGCUGCAAAAACCUUGUAAAAAGUCUCCUUAUGACCUCAGAAUCAUAGCUUUAAAUUCUCUUGUCUCUUAGACCCUAUUCUCCCCUCCUGUUUUACCACCCUGAACAGCCACAACUUGAUGUCUUUAUGGCUAGAGAAACUGUUGUUGGUUUAGAAAAGAAUUACAACUCCACAGUUUUUUUCAAAGGUAUAGCUUUGGGGAAAACUUCCACUUUUUGAAGUAACCAAGGAGGAAGUUACAAGAUAGGACAGCUUUUGUGUUCAGGAGAAGUUGAGCAAGAUGGAAUAUUUUGUUGGGCUGUAGUAAAAGUCUUGUGAGCAGCGGUGACAGGUGAAUUGGCCAAAAGUGAAUGAACAAUGGAGCUUUUGCCACCUUCCAGAAACCCUGAGGAAGUUUGUAUUUCUGUAGUUGUCCUUGGAGAUGAUACUGCCUUCCUCACUAAAGAUGAGAGCUCAUUGACUCAGAUCCAUAUGUGGAUUGCUGUGUCUCACAUUCCACUAGCCUCCAUGUCUGGGAUUCAGGCCUGUUUUUUCCAUUUGUUUGUUUUAAUCUGUCGUUAGGGAUGAACCUGCAUGAGGGGGAUCAAACUCCUCCUUUAAUCUGCAGUCCAUAAGGAGCAGCAAUACUAAAUUUCUGUGUUCUAGUUCAAAAGGUCAGUUGAGUAACAGAAGUCGAUAAACGAGGUUUUUCUGGUGACCCUUAGCUGAAGGAUCAAAUUUGGGGUUUCUCUUGUGCAUACAGCUGGGGGAACCGCCGUGUAAAAGUGUUAUGCACAUCGGAUUCUGGCUCUAUCGAAUUACUGAAAUUAAUUGCUGCUCUGUUGAGUGUCAGUGCUUUGUUUGAGAAGUGGAGAGUUUGAAAACGCAGCAAGAGCUUUUUCAGUGCAUCGUGCCUGCCAAUUUUGAAUCAGAGCUUUCUGAAAGCUGUGGGUGUGUAGGGAGGUUUCUGCCCCUGGCUGAACUGCACAGCCUCUUCCAGGAAAAGGUGCUGCCUUGCUUACCCUCUCUUUCCUCAGAGACUUCAGAGGUGAUUUAGGUGCGAUGGUGAGGAUACCAGAUUUGAUUUUUACAGAGCCAGCAGGGUGAUGCAUUGGGAAGCAUCCUGCAGCUUCCCUGUUUAUUACGUUUCUAGCAGCCAUUCCUUGCUGCUGUCAAGUACUGAACCAAAAUGGACUUCUGGUCUGCCUGAUUUAUGGCUGAUUUUGUAUUCCCAGGCUUUGCUACUCUGACUCACAGAUGGAGCCUCGUUUGCCCCCAGAACUUCACUCCCAACCUCUUCACCCCAUAAGCAGUUACAUUUAUGAGGAUACCUGCAUCUGUAGACUUGGAGGAUUACCCCUGUCAUUGAAGAAAGAAUUGUUGUAUUUUGGUUUUUUUUGUGUUGAUCCAGCUUAGUUGCCAUUCCUUCGUAGAUGUCUUGCAUAUCCAUACAGCAGAUCUUCCACUUUGGGUUGGUGGUAGGUGCCAAACUGUUGACAGGUGGUAUUUCAUAAAGUUUGUAAAGUGAAUGUUGUCCUGUC